UGUUGGUGACGUCGGCGGAAGUGCCGGCUCUUUCUACUUCCGGCGGGAAGAGCGGGAGAGGAGCCUGUUGGAUGGCGCUCUUCCAGGGGAAUGUGAUGGAAGCGCACCGGUCUGGGGGAGCGAUGUGCUCAUUUGAAAUGAAGACGGAUCUGAAAUUAUUAUUAGAAUGUCUGAAAUUUCAAAUGGACAAUCCUGAGUUACAGAAAGAGACGUUGGUGGCGAUCCGCUCCAUCUGCCAGAAUAACAGUGAAGUCUGUGAUUACUUCAGAGAAAUUGGCGGCUUAUUAUUCAUUGUGAGUUUAGCGAAAUGCGUCGCCCACCCGACAUUAAAGGAGAUCACCUUCUACACUCUCGGAGUCCUCGCAGAAAGUAACGUAUUCUGUCAGCAGACUUUGUGCACUGCGGAGAUGUUUGAAGAUGUCAGUGUCGUGUUAUCUGAGGAACGAUCGUCUGUCAGUCUGAAAAGGACGUCCGUUUUCCUUCUUCUGGUUCUGAUUUCUAAUAACAAAGCCGGCCAAGUCUUAGUGAGGGAAUCCGGAUGUAUAGAUCUACUUCUCCUUCUCUUCAGCAGCAGCACAGCGCCCUCCAUGCUGCCGCGGGUGGAAAUCGGUGACCCCCGGUACCAGCUGUGGUUGUCGGUGUGCAGCGCCCUCAGUGCUUGUGUGAAUAAUCCUCAGAAUGAGGAGAACCAAAAACUGUGCAGCUCAGCAUUUCCCCGGGCAGACAAAUGGCUGCAGCACUCCGUCCAACCCGAGGUAGUCAGACCUGUCUGCUCUCUGAUUGGUCUCUCUGUGGCCAAUAAUCGCUUCUCUCAGGAUUGCUUUGUUUCUAUUGGUGGGUUGGACACAUUGGCCAAUGUUCUCCUUCAGCUGGUGACCAAUGUGCAGACACGGGGGAUGGACUGCGCGUUAGCGGUGGUCGUCUCCAAGACUCUGGAUGCGUGUGUCGCAGAGAACAGCGGAGCUGUACAUCGCCUGUCACAAUACGGAAUCGUGUCGAGUCUCAUCACCUUGCUGGCCCACAGAGGUCUGGAUCCCGAGGACAGGUUCAGCAUUGUGCUCACCCUGGGGCACUGCACUGAGGACUGCGAACCAAAUCAAUACGAGCUGCUGAGAGGCAACGGACUUCCCCUCGUGAUUCAGAUUCUGACGGAGUCACAAGAUGACGAGACGCACAAAGCCGCCACCUUUGUCCUUCAGAACUGCAGACAUACAACGGAAAUGUUGUCUCUCAAUCUAAAUGAACAAACGCCAAACGCCUGGAAGAUCCCGGAGAACCGCCAUGAUGAAUUCUGGGAGAAAGCCAAAGAAAUUUAUCGCAAAAUAGAAUAUCUACAGCAGCAGCAUAAUGAGGACAUUGCAAACAUGGAGGAACCAGAAGCCAAUGCCGUGUUACCGUUCAUAUACAGCCACUCAAAGCAGCAGAGACAUGAUCCCAGCCUGACCGGUUCCAAUCCGAGAUUACUGGAGAAGAGAAACGAUCCCAGCCUGACCGGUUCCAAUCCGAGAUUACUGGAGAAGAGAAACGAUCCCAGCCUGACCGGUUCCAAUCCGAGAUUACUGGAGAAGAGAAACGAUCCCAGCCUGACCGGUUCCAAUCCGAGAUUACUGGAGAAGAGAAACGAUCCCAGCCUGACCGGUUCCAAUCCGAGAUUACUGGAGAAGAGAAACGAUCCCAGCCUGACCGGUUCCAAUCCGAGAUUACUGGAGAAGAGAAACGAUCCCAGCCUGACCGGUUCCAAUCAGAGAGAGCAGAGAAAUGAUCCCAGCCUGACCGGUUCCAAUCCGAGAUUACUGGAGAAGAGAAACGAUCCCAGCCUGACCGGUUCCAAUCAGAGAGAGCAGAGAAAUGAUCCCAGCCUGACCGGUUCCAAUGAGAGAUUACUGGAGCAGAGAAAUGAUCCCAGCCUGACCGGUUCCAAUCAGAGAUCACUGGAGAAGAGAAAUGAUCCCAGCCUGACCGGUUCCAAUCAGAGAUUACUGGAGAAGAGAAACGAUCCCAGCCUGACCGGUUCCAAUCCGAGAUUACUGGGGCAGAGAAAUGAUCCCAGCCUGACCGGUUCCAAUCAGAGAUUACUGGGGCAGAGAAAUGAUCCCAGCCUGACCGGUUCCAAUCCGAGAUUACUGGGGCAGAGAAAUGAUCCCAGCCUGACCGGUUCCAAUCAGAGAUUACUGGGGCAGAGAAAUGAUCCCAGCCUGACCGGUUCCAAUCAGAGAUUACUGGAGAAGAGAAACGAUCCCAGCCUGACCGGUUCCAAUCCGAGAUUACUGGAGAAGAGAAACGAUCCCAGCCUGACCGGUUCCAAUCAGAGAUUACUGGAGAAGAGAAACGAUCCCAGCCUGACCGGUUCCAAUCCGAGAUUACUGGAGAAGAGAAACGAUCCCAGCCUGACCGGUUCCAAUCAGAGAUUACUGGAGAGUAACAAACCUGCAGAGAAGUUGCAGAAUAGUCCUUCCUGUGCAGGCCCGAUGUGCAGAGAGAGGAGCUGCGAAUCCUCCACCCAGACCACCGAACAUCACAUGACCGACCCUUUCCUCCAGCCACACACUGAGCAUGUGCAGGACGGAGAGCCGGCCAAUCCUCACAGCCAUUCUCCUUCUAAUUCCAGGACCGACGCGGCUGGAACUUCACCUCCGAUCAGAAGAGCAGUGACUCUGGAUCCGAUGUCUCUGUGUGCCGACAUCAUCAGCGAGGAGAUCAGCAGCGCUCUCGGCUCCCGUAUCUCGCAGACCCGGCUGCGGUGUUCAGGCUGCCUGGUGACAGGGCUCUCCAUGAAUAGCAGAAACUGCAGCAAGAUCUUACAGAAAUGUCCCCACUUAUGUGACAACCACAGAAUCGUUCUACAGACGGAGGAUCGAUAUAAAGCCGAAUUAAGGAAAUUACUGAGCGCUACCAGAAUCUACCCCCCUCAUACCAGUUUGUCUCUGACACCUCUAAGAACAGGAAGACAGGAGGCGGGGCUAUCGCACCUGAAAGAGCGACUCCCACAUGGUUUUCUGCUGACACCAAUCAGGAAGAGUCUGGAGGAGGAGCGAGAUCCCGCCCACGCAGAGCGCUUCCCACAAUUAAGAAAUUCCGAUAUAAACGCGGAACAUCCGAGAGGAUCCCCCGGAGAAAUACAGGAAGUGAUCGAUAAUGAGAUCCGUCAGGGAGAGAAUCUCGGGAACGCCAAUCCCAGAAGAGCGAGGCGCAAAGAUUUCACUGGGAAGGAGAUGGCAGACCUGCUGGACGGGGUGAGGAAGUUCGGACAUCACUGGAACGCCAUUUUGUGGUCGUAUCCGUUCCAGGAAGGAAGAAGGAACGUGGAUUUGGCCAAAAAGUACAAACAGCUGCGGACAUGUGACAAUACCGACCAAUGAGGACAUCGAUCGUCCGCCAUGCCGGGAUCUCACACCGCCGGAUUGUUCACCAAUGGAGGGAGAAUGAUAAACAACGCAUUUCAGAGAACCCCGCCCCCUUCAUCAGGACUUGCUGAUAAAUAAGAGACGGGGGUCUGUCUGGGGGAGGGGAAGGGUUGGGUUAUUGGGCAGCAGCCUCUGUGUGAGCGAUCGAUGUGUCUAUCACUCGUCU